UAUAGAAGGCAUGAGAAGAAAUAUGAAGACGACUGAAACCCAAAGAAGCAAAACCUCCCAUAGCCAUGGCGAUCGCCAUUGCUCCUCUCUUCACCUCUGUUCUUUUCUCUUUCUCUUCUUCUUCUUCUUCUUUAUCUUCCCUUCUGCUUCAGCAGAGACAGCUCUACAUCGUUACAAGGAUCCAAGACUGCCGAUCGAAUACCGAAUCUCAGAUCUCCUUUCUCGGAUGACCAUUCAUGAAAAGAUCGGCCAAAUGGCCCAAAUCGAUCGCUCCGUUGCCUCUCCUGCCGUUCUUAUAAAUCAUUCUAUUGGUAGUGUGUUGAACGGUGGAGGAAGCGCUCCAGCGGCAGAUGCAACCCCUGUUAUGUGGGCGGACAUGAUCGAUGGAUUCCAGAAGUCUGCGUUGUCAGCUAGGCUUGGAAUUCCUAUAAUGUAUGGCACUGACGCAGUCCAUGGCCAUAAUAACGUCCACGGCGCCACCGUUUUCCCUCACAACAUCGGCCUUGGAGCUGCAAGGGAUGAGAAUUUAAUGGUGAAGAUCGGAGAAGCCACUGCUUUGGAGGUUCUCGGCACCGGAAUUCCGUAUACUUUCGCUCCAUGUGUUGCUGUGUGUAGGGAUCCACGGUGGGGUCGGUGCUACGAGAGCUAUAGCGAGGAUACGCAGAUCGUAAAGAGCAUGUCCAAGAUCAUAUUGGGCCUACAGGGCUACCCUCCUCACAAUCAUACCCUCGGUUACCCCUUCGUCGCUUCUGGGGGAAGAAAUGUGUUGGGUUGUGCAAAACACUAUGCGGGCGAUGGAGGGACACAAGGAGGGGUAGAUGAGUACAACACGGUGACCACAUAUGAUGACCUGUACCGCAUUCACAUCACCCCUUAUAUUGACGCAAUAGCCAUGGGAGUUUCAACUGUCAUGGUUUCAUACUCUAGCUGGAACGGCGUCAAGAUGCAUGCCAAUCCUUUCCUCCUCACUCGCAUUCUCAAACAAGAGAUGUCCUUUCAGGGAAUGCUCAUAACAGAUUGGGAAGCAAUUGAUCGGAUCACCGACCCACCCGGUUCACACUACAAAGAAAGCCUGAAGGCAGCCAUCAACGCUGGAAUCGACAUGGUUAUGAUCCCUUACAAAUACCAGCAAUACCUCACAUGCAUGACGGAGCUUGUGUCGUCCGGUGAGAUUCCGAUCAACAGGAUUGACGAUGCUGUGAGGCGAAUCCUAAGGGUGAAAUUCAUUGUUGGGCUUUUCGAGCGGCCCAUGGCUGACCGUUCUCUCAAUCCCAUGGUUGGACACACGAAACACAGGGAAUUGGCAAGAGAAGCCGUGAGGAAGAGUUUGGUAUUGUUGAAGAACGGGAAAGGAGAAAAGAAGAUGCUUCCUUUGAGCAAGAAUGCCCCCAAGAUUCUUGUGGUUGGGUCUCAUGCACACAACAUCGGCAACCAAUGUGGAGGAUGGACUAUUUCAUGGCAAGGCACCUCAGGCAACAUCACCGAAGGAACAACAAUCUUAGAAGGCAUCAAGAAGGCUGUUAGCAAGCAAACCCGGGUAGUGUUCCAAGAAAAACCCGACCAGCAAUUUGUUAACAAGAACCGGGAUUCUUCCUACGCAAUCGUGGUUGUCGGCGAGCUCCCAUAUGCGGAAACAUUCGGUGAUAGCAAAGAGCUCAGGCUAGCACUGGAUGGGGAGGAGACUAUCAAGACUGUGUGCAAGGAGGUGAAAUGUCUGGUUAUCGUGGUGUCGGGUCGACCCGUUGUGAUAGAGCCUUAUGUUGACAUGAUGGAGGCAUUGGUGGCUGCUUGGCUUCCAGGGAGUGAAGCAGGAAAAGGAAUUGUUGAUGUUAUAUUUGGGGAUUAUGAUUUCCAUGGUAGGCUUCCGAGGACAUGGUUCCGUCGGGUCGACCAACUACCAAUGAAUUUUGGGGAUCCACAUUAUGACCCGCUGUAUCCGUUGGGGUAUGGGCUCCAGAUGGGUAUCCAAUCACGCAAAAGAGGCAGUGUUUCAUCUUCCUCUGCAUCAUCCUUUUCGUCUAGUUGAUUGGUUAUGAUAGAUUACAACAGAAAAUGUGUACAUAAAGGGCUAUAUGAGGA